AUGGACAAGGAAUCUGCCAAACAUGGCAGAGCAUUGUCUUUCUGGAAGAACUUGUCAUGGAAAAUAGGCAGCAGCAAAAGGAAGAAUAAUUUAAAGGUUUUCACAUACCACGAACUAUCUGUUGCAACUGAUGACUUCAAUCCUUCCUGCUCCGUCGGAGUAGGUGGGUUCAGAAAGGUUUACAAAGGAUUCAUUGAGAGCAUUGAUCAGCAUGUUGCUGUUAAGCAGCUUGACAGGAAUGGAAGGCAAGGAAACAAGGAAUUCUUUUCAGAGGUUAAUACAUUAAGUAUGGUUCAAUAUCCAAAUCUUGUCAAAUUGAUUGGCUAUUGUGUAGAUGGUGAUCAAAGACUCUUAGUUUAUGAAUUCAUUCCCAAGGAAAGUUUGGAGACUCACCUUCUUGAUUUACCUCCAGGAAGAAAACCUUUGGACUGGACUUCUAGGAUGAAAAUAGCAACAGGAGUAGCACAAAGAUUGGAACAUUUGCACGAUACGGUGGAUCCUCAAAUCAUUUAUCGAGAUUUCAAAGCAUCAAACAUAUUGUUAGACGCAAAUUUCAAUGCGAAACUCUCUGAUUUUGGAUUUGCUAAGUUGGGUCCGACAAGAGGAAAGGAUCAUGUGUCUACAAGGGUGAUGGGUACAUAUGGGUACUGUGCUCCUGAAUAUCAAUUAACAGGUCAGCUGACAACAAAGUCUGAUGUCUACUGUUUUGGUGUUUUUUUUCUGGAGACAAUUUCUGGGAAGAGAGUCAUUGACAUGUCAAGACCAACCGAGGAGCAGAACCUAGUGCUUUGGGCAGGACCACUGUUCAAGGACAGAAGUAAAUUUACAGCUAUGGCGGAUCCAUUGCUAGAAGGAAACUACCAGCAAAAGAGUCUAUAUCAAGCUCUAGCAAUUGCAGCAAUGUGUCUCCGAGAGGAAGCUGACACCAGACCUUUGAUGACUGAUGUUGUAACUGCACUUGAGUUUCUUGCGGGGCCAAUUGAGUAG